ACUGGUAUGGUUUCUGUAUCUGGGCAGCCGCGAUGGAUGAAGCCAUUCAUUGAAGAACCCGCAACCGACGACGAUGUUCAGCCAAAGAAGCGAAGUCUACCAUGGGUGGCAAUUAUCCUCUUCAUCCUCGCAGUUACCGCCUUUGUAGUACAGGCUAUCAUCAGACUUCAAUCGCCAUCAAUCCUGCUAGCCAUUGCCGCUGUCCACCUUAUACUGGUUAGACCGCGGACCGCCUCGAUAUUUCUGCUCGUACUCUACACGACUUUGUUUGUCCUGCAAGUGUCGCUACUCGCUGAUCGAUGGACUUUUGACGAGUUCAAUCUGGUUGCUGCGCUUUAUGUCAGCAAUAUCUGCAUCUCACUUAUCAGCAUAGCCGUUGUUGUUAAUUUGCCACUUCGAGAUGCUUCUCUAUCGCGCGAUGGUAUCAGCCAGCCCUUCACUACGCCAACGUCAAAUCUGAGAUCUCCUGAAGAUGACUUGACCCUCUGGCAAUGGAUGACUGUAUCAUGGAUGUCUUCGCUCAUGUCCAUCGGCAAGACCAGACAACUAAACGAGGACGAUGUCUGGUUUCUUGGCUACGAGUUUCAGCAUCGCCAUCUACAUGAUGCUUUCCGCGAACUCCAUGGAACAGUUGUCAGACGCUUGCUUCGCGCAAACUGGCAUGACUUGGCCAUACUCACAGUACUAGCAAUCCUGGAACUGGCAGCCAACUACUCUGCACCAAUACUAUUGCAGCAGCUCCUCAAGGCUAUGGGCAACUUGAGAUAUGAAACACAGCCGGCAAUUACGUUUGCACUGCUCAUUCUCGUGGUCAGACUGGUUGCCGCGCAAAGUUCAGUGUUCAGUCUAUGGUUUGGUAGGCGUGCCUACGAACGAUCCAGGGGAGAGAUGAUCACAAUGCUGUUCGAAAAGACGCUUAACAGAAAGAUUGUUGCGACCGUAAAAGACGAUGAGCCAAAGGAGAACGCCGAAGAUGGGAACGAAGAGAACAAUUCUGGCAAUCCACCCAAUGGAAAUGGGGCAAGUGAGACGCAAGGGCUCUUGAAUGGCCAUGACAGCAAGUCAGAUGAAAAGCGGUCGUUCUUGUCAAAGGUUCUUAAGCCAUUCAGGCGUAGCAAGAAACCGAAUCCCAUGACCGAAGACAAUGCUCCUGCCUCGAUGGGCAAGAUCCUCAACCUAAUGCGUGGUGAUGUAUAUGAAAGGUUCUGGGAGUUCCAAAGACUAAUCAACAAACCUCUCGGCAUGAUACUCUCCUUGUGCUUGGUAUGGAACUUACUCGGCCCGUCAUGUCUGCUCGGAGUUGCUGUCGUACUUCUUGCUCAAGUCCUCAAUACAUUCUUCGCUCGCAUUCUCAUCAACAAGGAAAGACUUCGUCGCAAAGCCACGGAUACUAAGCUCCAGCAAGUUUCGGCUUAUGUUGAAGCAAUUCGACACUUGAGGUGGUAUGGAUGGCAUCCUGUAUGGCUCGAAAAGAUCUUGGAAGCUAGACAGGCGGAGCUCGACCUGAGAGUUGUUACCUAUUUGUGGAACACCACAAUCAGAUUCGUCAACAUCCUGGGUAGUGGACUGCUACCAGUCGCCGCAUUCUAUGGUUUCACAGCUUUGGCCGGUCAUGAACUGCGCAUUGAUAUUGCUUUCCCAGCUCUGCAACUGUUCAACAUGUUGCAAAGCGAUCUGAAGGAGAUCCCAGAUCUGAUUACCGUCCUCCUCAAUGCAUCGGUCGCUGUUGGCCGUAUUGAGGCCUUCAUGCAGGAACCGAACAAGACUGCGGACGACAGUUCGGCCUCCAUAUCCGAUGGCGUUGUCGAGUUGAAGAAUGCUACGUUUGCAUGGCCAGGACUUUCGAAAGAAGUUCUUCGCGAUCUCACAAUCUCAUUUCCACCAGGUCUCAACGUGGUUUUUGGUCAGGUCGCAGCUGGCAAAAGUGCAUUACUGCAGGCCUUGCUUGGGGAGCUGGACCUACACCACGGCGAGUUGAUCAAACCAGAUGCUCCUAUUGGCUACUGUGCUCAAACUCCAUGGCUCCAAAGUAUGAGUAUUCGUGACAACAUCUUAUUCUCAGCUCCCUACGACGACUCAAGAUACAAGCAAACGCUCGAGGCGUGUGCCCUUACUGCAGAUCUUGCCAACUUCAAGCAUGGAGAUCUGUCAAACAUCGGAGAGAAUGGCAUUGGUCUGUCUGGCGGGCAAAAGGCUAGAGUUGCUCUGGCUCGCGCGGUCUACAGCCGAGCCAAAAUCCUCCUACUCGAUGACCCGUUGAGUGCACUUGACCAACAGACUGCUGAACAGAUUGUCGCCAAGUGUUUCGGAGGCGAGCUGGUUCGGGGCCGCACAGUUGUAUUGGUCACUCAUCGUACUGACUUGUGCAAGGGUAUGGCCGAACAGCUCAUCGAGAUCACAGAUGGUACUGCAGAGACAUUCAAUGGCGAUUCGCUACACCUGAGCCCGACCAACUCUCGUACAGCUCAGGGUCUCUUGAAUGCCAAGAUGGUCAAGGUUGAUGAAGCACAAGAAUCUGCUGCAGUGCCUGAUAAAUUCGAGGAAGAAGAACAUCGAGAGCAUGGUGGAGUCAAGGCAGGUGUAUACUGGCAAUACAUCAAAGCUGGACGUUUGCGAUGGUGGUUCUUUGUCGUUCUUUCUGCCAUCAUCUUUCGACUACUUAUGGAAUGGGGAGAGGCUUAUGGAGAAACUGAGCAAGUGUACAGCUUGCAGGUCGUUCACGUCGCAGCUCAUAUCACAUCUUCGAGCCCGGUCUCCCGCUUCUUCGCUCGCUUCCCUGAUCCGGGCGUCAACGUUUACCCUUGGUUGAUUGCGUUCCUUAUCUUGAUCAUUGCUGAGUGUCUUGGCUUUAUGAUCUCGCAAAUUUUCAUGCUUGUCAUUACCUACACUGCUGACAUCAUGACAAAGGUCAGCCAUACCACGUUCCACUAUUACGAUGUGGUGCCGAUAGGACGUUUGAUGAACAGACUCACAUCUGAUGUGGCUACCGUCGAUGGAAACAUCUCGAGCCAGUUUUUGGUUGUCGCCUGGCAGGCAAUUGCAUGGGUGACAUCAAUAGCUGUGAUCGCAGGAGUCACACCACUGUUCCUUAUCUUCUCUUUCGCACUAACCCUAGUAUUCGUCUUCAUUUUCAUGCAGUUCUUGCCCACCAGCCAAAGCUUGAGACGCCUUGAGAUGGUGUCUUUGGNNAGUCCGCUCAUGUCGAACUUUGGCGCUUUGUUGAAUGGUCUGACAACCGUUCGAGCUUUCUGCGCUCAAUCUCAAUUCCAGGAUCGUGUGAUUGCUGUGACAGAUGCUUUCCAAGGCAUGGAUCACUUCUAUUGGUUUGAUAUCUUGUCGGCGUUCUCGACAUUUAUCAUGACUCUGCUGGCUAUCAAUUCUGGCUUGUCACCAGGGUUGACUGCAUUCGUUCUAGCAUCUGCCAGCAGGUUCGUGAUAGCAACUCAUGCUUUGUGCAAGCAAUACGGCCAACUCCAAUUAAACUUUGUUUCAGUUGAGCGUGUGGUUGAGCUGCUGCACCUUGAGCAAGAACCUGCUGGUGAGAUUGAGCCUCCCGCGUACUGGCCAUCAUACAACGAUGACAUCGUCUUUGAAGACGUAACCAUAAGAUAUGCUCCACACCUUGACCCCGCAUUGUCGAAUCAUACGGAUGAGGAAUGCGAGACCGUCAUUGCCCGUGUCUGUGGCACCUACAACUGGACGUUGGACACGCAGAUUGACACUGGCGGCAAGAACUUGUCACAAGGCCAGCGACAGCUGGUGGGGCUAGCGCGCGCAGUGCUCAGAAGAAGUGCCAUUGUCAUUAUGGAUGAAGCUACUGCUAGUAUUGACAAAACCACUGCUUGGGAGAUUCAAAGGGUGUUGAGGGAGGAGAUGCAGCAGAGUACUGUGGUCACCAUCGCGCAUCGACCGAGUGCUGUCAGAGGCGCGAACUAUUGUCUUGCCUUGGGGAAUGGUAGGGUUAUUGACCAGGGCACGCCCGAGGAGGUUGAUGUGGCGAGUAGUACUGUGCCGGAUGCCAUUUGA